AUGAGUGGUCAUUAUCGUACAGUUAUUAGCAAAUUUUUAUUAGCUCUUGCUUUAGUGCAGCUUUGUUAUAGCCAUUUUGCUAUUAAUUUAUAACCUAAAGUUAGCAUUAAAAAUUUAUAGUUUUUCAGUGGAGAAGAAACGAAAACAGUAAAGGUUAGUGAGGAUGCUUUGUGGAAACACACAAAAAAAUUAAUUAAAUAUCCUUAUAAUUUAGGAGAAUUAAAAACAUGUCUGUAGAAAUCAUAUGUCUAUUUAAAUUAAAACGAAGCUGCUCUUUUGUUAGGCAAAUUCACUCUAUUUGAAUACCCUGCUGAAAAAGCAUUUAAACAAGAUAAAUUUAAAGAUUUAAAUUUUUGCAAAAAUUAUCCUUCAAAUAGCGAUGUAAAUAAACAGAGAUUAGAAGCAUUAUAAAAGUAUGAUGCAGUAGAUUCUUUUAAUAGAAAUUUUGCCAAGGCUUUAUUUUACUUUCACGAAUCUGAGCAGUUAUUAAACGAAGACGCUCCUAUUUAUUUAUUAUUUAUGCUUUGGAUGAGUCGUUUUACAGAAAAUUUAAAUGGAAUCAUCGACAGUCACAACCUAAGUUUUGAAAAUUUAAGCACUAUGCUUGUUAAUGCUGCCACUUUAAGAGGAAGUUCUUUAGCUUAUUAGAUGUAGCUCACAGAGAUUCUUUAGUGUAUGAAAUUAAAGAACUUAGAUCAUAACUUUUAUGAAAUGCUUGGUAUUUUGAUGGAAAGUAAAUUUCAAGAUACUCUUAAAUAAGGAAGUGAUUAGCAAAUAGAGGAUUAUUUUGCUACUAAUUUUGAGCUUAAAUCUUACAGACUAAAGCUUGAGAACAAAGAAUACUAAUUCCCAGAGGGUGUUAUAACUUAAGAAUAAUAUUAACUAAUUCAUUAUGUUUCUACUGAAAAAAAGAAACCUUUUAUAGAAGAUCCUGCCUUUGAUUAAUUCAUCUCAGAAGAAGACGAGGAGAUGUUAAAUGAAUAAUUGAAGGAAAUUGAAAAAUUGAUGAAAGAAGAAUAUGGAAUUGAGUAUGAACCAAUGACUAUUACAAAAGAAGAAAUGAAGAAUCUUAAAAGUUAAUUGAAAAAUAUUGCUUUAAGUGAAGAUGGUAUAAUAGAAGUUCUUGAUAACAUCAAUGACAGCAAUGAAAUACCUAACUAGCAAUAGAAACAAUCUAAUAAAGUUAAAUAGACACACUAAGUAAAUAAAAAUUAGCAACAGAAUAAUUAAAGCAAAAAUUAAUCUUAAGUUGAUGAAAAGAAUGAAAAAAAUAAUGAAGAAAAAUAAAAUGUUGAUAAAGAAGAUAAAAAGUUUGAUAAUUAAGAAGAAAAUGAUGAUGUUUCUGACGAAUAAGAAGAUAUUUCAGACAAUUAGGAUGAAAUUAGAAAUAAAUUAUAUUAAUUACUAAAUGAAAAGCUUAAAAUAAACAAUUUGAAGAUCUCAAAAAAAAUAACUGAAAAUGCAAUAGAUAAAAUUUUUGAUGUCUUAGAUUCUACUAUUCAUUUUAUGCAACAAGAUACAAACAAUAACUGCUUACCUUGCAAAUACACACUCAACAUUGCAGGAAAAGUUGUUAAUAUGUCUCAUGAGGAGCUGAACUUAUCGUCAGACAAUUUGGAAGAAGAAGACGAAGACAUUUCUCUAACUGAUUAGCUUAUCUUCUAAAAUACUGACUUGAAUUAUCAGGAAAUGAUUGAUCAUUAUGGUAUGAAUCCAACUAAUCAUGCUGAAGAAGUCUUAAGAAGAAGAGCUGAUUUAGGAGAUCUUUAAGCUUAAUUACAAUUAGGUGUCGAUUACUAUAGAGGCAAUUUAGAAAAUAAUAUUUAAUAGAAUCACUAAUAGGCUUUCAACUAUUUCUAAAUGGCAGCUGAAUAAGGUGUUGCAUAAGCAAUGUUUAAUACUGGUUUGCUCUUAAUGAACGGCUAAGGAACUUAAAAAGACGGGAAAAAAGCAAAAGAAUAUUUUUAGCGUGCUAUUGAAUUGGAUGAAAAAAUAGCAUAUGCAGGCUUAGCAUAAUUAUAUUUGAUAGGCUUAGACGUUCCCUAGAAUUAAACUAAAGCAGCUUCAUAUUUUGAAGUAGCAAUGCGUGCAGGUCACUAAGACUCCAGAGUUAAUUUAGCCAUUUUAUAUCAAUAAGGAUUUGACAAUGUCCCAAAGAAUGUAACUAAGUCUAUUGAGUUAAUAAAACCUAUUGUGCACAAUAAUAAAAGAGCUCAGAUAUUUAUGGCUAUUUAAUACAACUUAGGGAAAGAUAUUGGAAUGACAUGCGAAACACUAUUAGGUUUCAUGCUUAAAAAAGAAGAAGAUUCUUAGAAUGAACAAAAUGUAUAUUCAGUUAAGUCUUUGAAGAAAUACUAAGCAGGAAAAUAUGAAGAUGCUCUUAUUUAUUCAAUAUUUGCUUCUUUCAUGGGGUAUGAUUAAUCAUACCAUGAUACUGGUUUUUUAUGGAAAACUCUGAUGAGAGACUAGAAUAAUAGAGAGUAGAGUAUAGAGAAGAACUUAAUAUGCUCUUAUAACGAUUAUGACCUUUGUUCUAUGAUUUUUUACUACAAAGAUGCACUACUUCAUAGAAAUGAAAGUUUUGCUUAAGUAGGACAUCAGAUUUUUAAAGGAUCAAACUCUUUUACUCAUAGCUAUUAAUUGGCUUAUGAAAUAUAUAAUUCAACUUCAUAUUUACCUGAAAGCCUUCAUUCUAUUAGUUACCUAUAUCAAAACGGAUAUUAUGUAGAAAAGAAUUUGACAAAAGCUAUCGAAUAUAAUGAUAAUAUAAUUAAAAUGGUUGUUAACGAUGAAGUUGAAUUUAAAAAUAUCUAUCCAGCAAUUUUAAGAAAAGUUUUCCUCUUUUUUUACAAUCUUCUUGAUAAAUUUAUGAAUUUCUUUUCUCAUUUUUUUUGA